GAGAUGGCUGAGAGGCUUAAGCUGGAUCAGCUGAGUGGCUGCGUAUCAGGACGGCGUAUUGCUGCUCUCCCGCUGCUCCGUGUGUGGCCUCACAUCAAGAAAACAUCAAGCACUGUGAGUCACUGAGUGGAGCCUUACACACAUUUAUAUAUAUCUGUUUUCUCCACUUUAGUGUCUGCUGUUGAUGAGCACUCAUUCACUCAGGGUGGUUGUGGGCUCAGCAGUGGGGAGUCGAGUUGAGAAAGCCUCUGUGUAUCAGUAUGUACACAAUGACACCCUUUCAUAUUUGUUCUGUUUGAAUGUGAUUGUUGUGUAUUAAAGGCUGUGCUUCGCAUGGGCCAAACUUGUUGGCUGAGGGUGCGGUAGAUUUUCAUUUUCUUUUUACAAUAGAUCUAUUCUCCACUGUGUGUGCAUCUAUGUUAUAGUAAAGCUGGAGGAAGUGGGGACAUGGACAUGGCAGCCAGACAGCCUAACAAUCCAGCCUACUGUAGUAUAGUCAGCAUUAUACUGAAGGCAUAGAAAGCUGCACAAGGGAGCACGAGGGAAGUGAGAGGAAAAGUUGGGAGGGAGUUGGCGGCGUGUCAGGAGCAGACUCUUGAGCUCUGCUCGGUGCAGAGCUGACGCACUAAAACCCAGAGAGGGAGAGGAGAGGAGGGGAGGGGCGACAGAGGGAGACAGACAGCAGUAGCCAGAUGGAGCCUAGUUUGUUUUGAAGUAGCUGCUGCUGCGAGCAGGACAGUCUGCCGGCACUACUGUGUGUGUGUAUAUGAGAGGAAAACCUCACUGCACCCAGUCUGGGCUUAUGUGGACAGGUUUUCUGUUGGAGACACUCUAUGCAGCUCAAGGUCAGGAAGAUCCAGCAGCCACCUCAGGGAACUGUCCCAUCUGGAUCUUUGGACCCCGCAGAGGCAGGUGGGCGCAAGUUUCCCUGUCCCUCGGUCACAGGGACACUAUGCAGGGCUAUGGGACUCUGAGGAGGAUGUGAGGCCUGGACUACUGUCAAUACCUCCCACGACAGAGUCAGUUCUUCCAGCCUGAUCCUGUGUGGAGUCGGAGUCGAAGGGGAAUGGGCCCGGCCUCACUGCAGGAGGAGAGAGAGACGGAGACAGAGUCCAAGGGGGAGAUGGAGGGCUACCGCUGCCUUCUGCAGGCCGGCUCCCAGCUGGAGAGCACUCUGCAGCAGGUGACCGUCCCUGUCAGCCUGAAGGAGGUGGGAGGCUACAUAGAGAAACAGGUGGCGUACCUGUCAGGGGGUCGUGGGGAAGACUCCAGCGUCAUCAUCACCCUCCCAGAGUGCUCGGCUUUCAGCGACAUUCCAGAGGAAGCUUUAGCCAAAGUCUUUACAUACCUCACUCUCAUCCCUCGAACGAGGCAACCCGGAGUAAAAUUCAUCAUCAUAUUAGACCGAAGACUGGAUACAUGGGCCUCUAUCAAAACUGCACUUGCAAGGAUAGCAGCCUCCUUUCCUGGGAACCUCCACCUGGUCUUGGUGCUCCGACCCACCAGCUUCUUCCACCGCACUGUUACUGAUAUUGGCUUUCGCUUCAGCCAAGAGGACUUCAUGCUCAAGAUGCCAGUGGUGAUGCUGAGCUCUGUCACAGACCUGCUGCGCUACAUUGAUGAGAACCAGCUGACUUCAGAGUUUGGAGGCACUUUGGAUUAUUGUCACAGUGACUGGAUUGUUUUACGAACAGCUAUUGAAAGUUUUGCUGUCACAGUCAAAGACAUUGCACAGAUGCUACAGGGCUUUGGCACAGAGCUGGCAGAGACGGAGCUGUCGGAUGAGGGGAAAGCCAUCGAGUAUCUCCUCGAGUCUCACACUGACAAGUACAGGAAACUCAAGGAUGCCAUCAGGUCAGUGUCAAAGGAAGGUCGUCAUCUUCUUGCGAGCCUGGAGACCUCCGGAAAGGAGGACGACACCCAGUGGGAUGUGAGGCUGGACUGGGAGACAGUGCAGAGGCUUCUUGCUCAGCUCAGAGACAUGGAGUCAGCCUUCGAUGGCUUCUUUGAGAAGCAUCAUCUGAAACUCCAUCAGUACCUGCAGCUGCUCAGAUAUGAACAAAGCUUUCAGGAGAUGGAGUUGUGUCUGGAGCACCUGACGGCUCAGGAGAAGGAGCUGUCCAUAUCUGUCGACACUCUGGCUCAAACAGAACAGGCUCUCAAAAGGUUGGACAGUCUGGAAUCAAAUGCACAGGAGGUGAUGUCUCGAGCUCAGAUCAUCAUCCUUCACGGACACCAGCUAUCAGCCGGUCACCACUAUGCCAUGGCUCUUAUCAUGCAGCGCUGCAACGAGCUUCGCCACUACUGUGAUACACUCAAUGCUGCUCUCAAGACCAAACACACUCGUCUUCUGCAAACACACCAGCUGCUGCUUUGUCUUGGACAGGCCCACACUUGGUGUGAUGACGGAGCGUAUCUGCUGGCCAAUCAGCUGGUAGAUAAGUACCAGUCUAAGGAGGGGGCUCAGGCUGCUUUAAGGGAGAUCGAGAGGUUCCUGGAGGGGGCGCCGUCUAUACUGAGCUCAGGACCUGACAUCCUGGCCAUCGAGUAUGAAACUGUCAUUACACCUCAGCUGCAGACGCAGAUUGGAAAAACAUUUGAGAAGCAUGCAACAGUGCAGCAGAUGAUCCAGAGCCGACAGGCUUGUCUAAGGAAGCUGGCUGAUAAACAUGUGCGACCGAUCCAACUGGUGGCCCCCAGGCCUGAAAACCCACCGCGCGCCAAGUCCCCGCUUUUCUCCCCCAAGCAUGGUGAUGGUCUGAAGUUCACAUUUGACCUCUCUCUGCCUGGGAAGAGAGCAUCCCGAAAGAGCCCCAACCCCAGAAAGAUAGAGGUGAUCCACGACUACCAGGAGAGCCGGAGCUGCGUGUUGUACAGCCUGGAUGGAGAGGACAGCCCAGAUCUCUUGAAGCGUCAUGUGAUGAGGGAACUCAUAGAGACAGAGAGGAUCUAUGUGGAGGAGCUGCUGUCAGUGCUGCUGGGUUACAGGGCUGAGAUGGACAAUCCAGCUCUGUCAGGGCUCCUGCCCCCGAUCCUGCGCAGCAAGAGGGACAUCCUCUUUGGAAACAUGCCCGAGAUCUACAACUUUCAUAGCAGGGUUUUCCUUCAGGACCUGGAAGGAUGCCUGGAGGCUCCUGAAAGUGUGGGAGCUUGUUUCCUGGAGCGGGCUUCUGUUUCCUGUCUCCCCCAGAAAGAAAGUUUCCAAAUGUAUGAAUGCUACUGUCAGAAUAAGCCACGCUCUGAGGCGCUGUGGAGACAAUUCUCAGACUGUGGCUUCUUUCAGGAGUGUCAAAAAAAGCUGGAGCACAAACUGGGCCUGGAGACCUACCUGUUGAAACCAGUCCAGCGCCUCACCAAAUACCAGCUGCUGCUUAAGGAGCUGCUGAAAUACAGCACAGAUUGUGAGGGGACGUCAGAGCUGCAGGGGGCACUGACAGCCAUGCUGGACCUGCUUAAAUCAGUCAAUGACUCCAUGCAUCAGAUAGCCAUCACAGGAUAUGAGGGUGACAUUUGCGAGCUGGGCCGCGUGUUGAUGCAGGGUUCUUUCAGUGUGUGGAUCAGCCAUAAGAAAGGCCCCACGCGCAUGAAGGAGAUGGCUCGCUUCAAGCCGAUGCAGAGACACCUCUUCUUGUAUGAGAGAGCUCUGCUCUUCUGUAAAAGGAGGGAGGAGCACGGAGACGGCUGUGACAAGACCCCCUCAUACAGCUUCAAACACUGUCUCAAGAUGACUGCUGUGGGGAUCACAGAGAACGUCAAGGGAGAUGUGAAGAAGUUUGAGAUCUGGUACAGUGGCAGGGAGGAAGUGUAUGUGGUUCAGGCUCCUACAGUGGAGGUGAAGAUGGCCUGGCUCAAUGAGCUUCGCAGGAUCCUGACCAACCAGCAGAAGCUGCUCAGAGAUGAAGCAUAUCAACAUGGCCAAAUGGUCGGACACAUGCAGCUUUCUCCACCUCCACUCUCUGAGAGCAAGCAGCAGAGGGCGUCAGUGAGCUCAGAGGACACUGAGUCGGGGAGGAGCAGUCCGGACCCCCAGCCUCACUCCCCUAAACACCAGCACAACCGCAGGAGUUGGCCCGGAGCUCAUCACUCGGUAGACAUCUGCGAGGGUCUGGAGGAGUGGUCUGGAGGUCGGGACGCUUUCCACCCAUCUGACACGGAGGAGGAGGUUUUGGUGCAACUGUCUCCAGGCAGAUACAGGGCUUUGGCUGACUGUCUUCAAAAUGGACCAGACAGCAUCACCAUCAAAUGUGGAGACGUGAUUCAACUGCAGUGUGAAGACAACAAGGGCCGCUGGCUGGUGAAAAACCUGAGUCGGCGACAGGAGGGCUUCAUAGCUGCUGCCAGCCUGCAGCUGAUUCUAGGAGACAGCAGUCGAGGACACUCCUCCAGGCUAGGGGACGCAGGAAACCUGAAGGCCAGGAAGCUCAGCUCCCCGUAGAGAAGAAAGCACAGACUGUGAAUCUAAUACUUCCCCGUGGAUGAUGAGCAGACAGAAGGAACAGGUUGAGCCAUAGCUGUUUCGUGACUGAUCAGCCACCCAUUCCUCCCUCCCCGGUGACUUUUUUUCUCCAGCACAGAUCAAUCAUAAAAGAGAAAAAAGUGGGAAUAUAGGGACCUGAUUUUCCUCCAGGUCAUGAUUGAUGAUCUACUAGUACAGUGUUUUCUGAUAGUGACGGCUCAGGAACUGUUUAGCCCUCUUGGACAAUCAACAGCCGAUGCGAGGACUCUGAUUGGCAUUCUUCUUUUUUGAUUGGUGAGGAGAAUCUUCCAUCUGUAACACACAUAAAGUCAGGAUGUGAGGCCGCUGCUGCAGCAGGUCAUCAUUACACAAUCUGUGGAAACAUUUUUCAACCCUCAUUCCAGCUAGUAUUCAAGACUCUGGUUUCUCCGAAUGUGUGUUCCUGUUUGUCUAGUGUGUGCUGGAUGGAUGGCCCAGGAUUUGCCUGAAACAUUUCUUAAAGCAAAGACUUUUGUACAUACACAGUAUCAUUUUUAACAUUUAUUGUACGUCAAUGUUUCAUCUUUGUUAGUUGACGUUUUUUCCAUUGAACGACUUUAUUGUAUUUUUCUUACAUUUCAUUCCUCCAGGCACCACUCUUCUGUAAAGUCUACGAGUUAGAAUGCCAAAAUGUGCCAUGCCAUAAUGCCUUUUUUAUUCCCUGCUCUUUUAGAGUCUCCCGUAUGUACUGUUUGCAAAAUCAAAUACUCUGUUAUUGCUUUAACCUGACCUCACAAAUAUUCAACAGGCACUUUAAUAAGGUGGAUGGACAGGAGAGACAAAGAAACCCCCACCUAUUGUCUACUGAAUGUGUGCUUUCCUUGCCGCUUUACCUCUCUUACUGUGUAAAUCCUCUUAUUCAUGCUGUUGUUUCCUUUGUUUAUCCUUGAAUGUAUGAUGUGUUAGGGAGGCAGGGGAGACAUACCCCCUGCAUGCAGGCAGCAGUUGACAUGUCAGUGAUGGUAAUGUAAGACACUGGCGGACAUGAAGAUUGAUGGCAGUGUAUUCCUCGGUGUGUGCCUCAGAGUGCAGCGUACAGAAGGAAGAGGUAGGCAGAGUGAAAGAAAGGCAGACAGAGAGCAAUAGAGAGGGGGAGAUUAUGCUCCGUGUACCGCUCCAUCACAGAGGCAGAUUGUUUCCUCCUCACCAUUACAGCUCAGUUAAUCUCGGGCUCCCCAUUAAAAGGGAUCAUACAGCCAACAUGAAAUACACCCUCUGUGUCGAACGCUUAAUUAAAUAUUGAUUGCAGACUUAUAUGAAUUUACCACAUCAAAUCGAGGCCGCGGUCGGAGGGCUGCCUUUGAUUCGCUGUGUUUGAUAUGGAAAUGAGUCGCGAAAGCAGCAGGGGCUGCUCCGCACUACACAUUUCCUAUGUUGUUAAUUUAUUUAUUUUGCUGUCAUGUUGUUCCUUCAUAUUGUGAGGUAUGUGCGCAGCUCCCAAUGAAAUUACAUCUCCAUAUAUUUAUGGGAGCUAUGCUACAGUGCACAUUAAAAACCCCCAUUUUAUUUCUUUUUUAGCUUAAAUGACAAAAAUCAGAUGGUUCCUUUGUCACUUUAAUCCAAAAUGCUGCAGAUUUUGCACAGAUUUUCCAGGUUGGAAAACAAAAAAAAACUGCUUGAAAUAUUAAGUAUCCUGAUGAGCCAAGUAGCCUGAGCUUGUUGCUGAAUGUUUCUUUAAGAUAAAAAUGCAUGGCAACUGAACACUGAGCAGGAUUGUAUUGCCCGAUAGUCACUGUUCUAAACUGUCUUGUUUUUGUACAGCUUCAGUUCUGCAAAAAAAAUAAACUAUUUAUUGCAAUAAUUGUUUUGGUAAUUUAAAUAAUUCAGUUCUUGUUUUAACACGGUGAUCACCUGAACACUAAGGCUGCUCUUUUUCAUGCACCCUGAUUUAAUCUAUUGGUUCUGUAUUCUUGUUUUAAUGGAAGCCAACUGAAAUAAUAAAACUGUGCAGACUUUUCUCUUUUCUGUGAGUUUUUGGUCACAUUUGAAGCCUGGAUUUCCAAAGAUCCUUUUUUUAUACGACUGAGUACCACUAUUACCACUUGUAAAACAUUUAUUUACCAGCAGAUGGGAGUGAUGUGUUUUGAUUAGGGUGUCUGCAGGUCUUCAAAUGUCUGAAAUUUGAAUAUAUAAACUUUAGACCUUAAAACUGAAUAAACUGUCUUAAAUUUGAAUUUGUGAGGUCUUAAAUACCAUAACAAUUUAAUUUUAGAUAUCCAUUUAAACUGCUUUGACCUGCCUACUGUUGCUGCUUCCUCUGCAAGCCGCUUUGCAACCCGCCUCCACCCCAGCAUCUCCUUUUCAUGUUGUGUCUGACUUAUCAAUGUCAUUUCUGUUUGUCAUUGAUGUUGGCUCUGUUCUGAAGGGCAGGGAGGUUUGCUCUCUCUGCCUUAGGCUUUCCCCAUUUGCAUAUGGAAGGGCAGGGAGGUGUGCUCUCCCUGCCUUCAGCUUUCAAUGUAGGCUCAUGGAAGGGCAGGGAGGUUUGCUCUCUCUGCCUUAGGCUUUCCUCGUUUGCACGCGGAAGGGCAGGGAGGUGUGCCUUCUUUGUUGUAGGCUUUCCAUUUAGGCACAUGGAUGGGUGGGGAGGUUUGCUCCCAUUUGUGAGUGCUGGCAUUUUUCCCUUUGUUGCUGUUUUUUGGCCGUGCACCUUUCGAGGGGAUUUAUUUUGAGAGUGCUUGCUCUUUUCCUACGAGGUUUGCUUCCCCUGCCUUAGGCUUUCCUUGUUUGCAUGUGGAAGAGCAGAGAGGUGUGCUUUCUUUGCCUUAGGCUUUCCAUUUAGGCACAUGGAAGGGCAGGGAGGUUUGCUCUCCCUGCCCUAGGCUUUCCUCAUUUGCACGUGGAAGGGCAGAGAGGUGUGCUUUCUUUGCCUUAGACUUUCCAUGUAGGUGCAUGGAAGGGCAGGGAGGUUUGCUUCCCCUGCCUUAGGCUUUCCUUGUUUGCAUGUGGAAGAGCAGAUAGGUGUGCUCUCUCCGCCUUAGGCUUUUCACUUAGGUGCGUGGAAGAGGCUUACUGUGUAGGUCUGAGGAAAGGCAGAGAGACCGAAGAACAGAGCCAUACCGCCAAAUAUAAUACUGCAAAUCGAAGUUUUUUUUUACUGAAGUGUUCCUGACUGAAAUACAUUCACGUAACUCUCUCUAAUAACAAUAUUCC